AUGAAAUACGCACCUCUAAGUCAGAAAGCGAUAGUAAACGCUCUUCGCGGCCAAACAUUGCGGUUACCGGAUCUCAACAGCCUCUUCCGAUCAUGGCCAGACCACAAGCCUAAAUUGAACCGCCACCAUGCCCACGUGAAGCCAAUCGUCGACCAAGCGCUUGAUCGCAUGGCCAUUAAAUACCCUCUGAUCGCCCGUCGCAAAACAGAUGACAUCGCCAGCUUCGCCUGCUUAUGGUAUCCUCAGGCCUGUAAGCUGGAUAUCGAAGCCCUGGCGCUCUACUCGGCGUGGCUGGUGUGCUGGGAUGAUGCUGUUGAUGCUAACGAGGGCGAUCUGGCGGCUGACUUUGCGCAUGCGAAGCAUUGGAGACAUCAGACCAUGAGCAUAGUGAAUGAUGCUUUAGGUCUUGACGAGAAGCGCGUGUCUGGAAUAGACGGUGAUCCGAUCAACGACGUAUUUCGCGAGUUCGGAUUGCGUAUCGCUUUGACGACGACAAGAGGUUAUCGACAAGUCUUACGUGAUGAGAUACAGCUCUUUGCUGACAGCUGUGCGGCUGAGCAGCAACUGCGCCUGACUGGUCGCGUGCCUGACUACGAGUCGUAUAUGAAGCUCAGGAUCGGCACAGUAGGUGGCAGGAUGCUUUGCAGUCUUGUUCCGUAUGCUACGCAUGACACGAUACCACCCGCACUAAGAACCAGCUCUGAAAUCGAUCGACUAUGGACGCAAGUGUGCGUUCUGCUGAGCUUGUUGAACGAUCUACUAUCGUUGAAGAAGGAACUGCAGACAGGUUGUGUUAUCAAUGCUGUUGCUGCUAUGAUGGAGCCAGGCAUGCCGUUGGAUACAGUGGUUGCUGAGUUGGAAGCAAGAAUGAGAGUGGCAGUUAAGGAAUUCGACGAUGCUGCAAGCGAACUGAUCCAGAAGGCGAACUCGAGUCCCUAUGCUGAGAGAUACAUCAACGGAUGCCGUUAUAUCGUCACGGGCACUCUUGAGUUUACGUGGGUAAAACACCCAAAGCCUCUUUUUAGCAUACUGACUCCCUACAGGCUAACGUCACCAAGAUACAACAUAUCGAAGCUCAUCCAAGACGACGGAUCAUUAAAAAUUACUCUCUGA